AUGAACCUUAUGCUCAACGGCACCGGAGGGUUAGCUGCUGCAUCGGCUGUUUCUGCGGCAACUCUGGAUUCAUCAGCCCUGUAUCAGGCUCAAACGGCCACUAUAUCGCAGGGGAUGACAGCACAGGACUAUGCCGUUGUACCAACAUAUUCAACUGCAUUAAACGCUUAUAACCAGUAUCCGUAUCAAACGAGUAACAGCUUGACAGCCAAUGGGACCCUAAAUUCUUAUUAUACGUCUAACUAUAUGAAUCCUAAUAGUCAAGUUCAACAAACCUACAACGGAUUUGGCGUUACUGGUGGCAUUUCACCGAUUGGUAAUUCAUCGCGAAAUUCAUCAAAUGCAAAUUCGUCAACGGUGGGAAGCACCAGUUCGUCAUCACAAAUUUCGCCAAACUGUAGGACAGGAAGGGUUUCGUUCAAUGAGCAGACGCAAAAUGAAUUGGCUCAAAUGAGAAAUUAUAAUGGAAAAAUUGGUACUGCAAAGCCACCAUUUUCAUAUAUUUCAUUAAUAACUAUGGCAAUCCAACGAUCGGAAUCUCGAAUGCUUACUCUCUCUGAAAUUUAUCAGUUCAUAAUGGACAACUAUGCUUAUUAUCGGCAGAACCAGCAAAGGUCAGCCGGGUGGCAGAACUCUAUUAGGCAUUCUUUGAGUUUCAACGACUGCUUUGUGAAAGUACCGAGAACUCCUGAUAAGCCGGGUAAAGGAAGUUUUUGGACACUUCAUGAAGACUGCGGUAAUAUGUUCGAAAAUGGUUGUUAUUUGCGAAGGCAAAAACGUUUUAAAAUUGGCGAGGGUAAACCAAGAAACAAAAAAAACGGUCAUCGUGGUAGCAGCAACAGCAACAACGCCAAUACACAUGUUAAAGAGGAAAAUGAUACUGAAUAUGAUGCCAAAAACCUUUUGAGUAAUAACGAAAUGAAGAUGUCCCCAUCGUCUCAGCAAAGCUCUCAAGCCGGUCCACAGCCAGCUCAAACGCAACAACAGCAACCUCCCACUGCCUGCUCGCCGACUAGCGAGUUAACAAGCUACGAUUUUUUUAAGUCAGAAACACAUGGAGCUCCUGGAGAACAGAGUAAUUUACAACGUCAGGGCGGACUCCAGAAUAGCAGCACAACACAACAACAGACCAUGCAAAGCCAAAUGCAACUGUCUGCAACUUCAUCUAUGCCUACAUCAGUGGCAAAUAGCCAGCCGACGAGUGUCAUAUCUGCUGUUGGUAGUGUUCCUGUAAGCCACUUUUAUCUGAAGUCAGAGCAAAAAAAAAAAUUUUUUUUUUAUUAUACAAUAACUGCUGUUCAGAUGACUUAUGGAGGUCAGUACCCAGCUUUUGGAAUAUAUUCAAACGGCAGUGUUAGCACUUUCGGCGAUCUGUCUCAAACGUCUUUGCCCGGCUUGAAUUCAGGUUUUCGGAUUGGAAAUUUGAUUGACAACUGCAGUAACGUUUACAACAGCGUCUAUGCUACCCAACCGACAACUAAUCUUGCGGAGUAUCCUUACCAACAGACACUUUACAGCUCAAACAAUCCAAACUCGCUGCCGAAUUUGUAA